AACAAAGAUGGCUGACGUCGAGGGAAAUCUCAAAACCAUCUCCAAGGCUAUCCAGACCACGCAGCGGCUCCGUGGCAGCGUCGGCAGGGUCUUCUCACAGCUCCGGGAUGGCAUGGAAGGCGGGGAGACCGCUGGGGAGAGAUCUAAGGCCUUCUUGGACCAGCUGAGAGAGAACCUGUUGGCCGUGAACAAGGAAUAUGAUGAGUUAGAGAAGCUGAGUACUGCAGUGACCAAGCAGAGUGACCAGUUACCCACCGGCAGCAGUGGUCUGCUGAGCCUGGACCCUGUACAGGACAAAACUCCACUGUACGGACAACUGCUGCAGUCUUACAAGUGGUCCAACAAGGUACAUGAACAUGCAGGUUACACAGCCCAGCUCCUGAACCAGAACUCCCUGAAGCGCUCGUCCAUGAUGACUGGACUGUCCACCAAACGUCGCAAACCCCAGUCUACCAGCCACGCCCUGCCAGGACAAGGUCCUGUGAUCUGCAGGUAUGUAGAUGCUGUGGUUGCCAACCUACAACGCCAUUUUCCCAACAUGAACAUCACCAUGACCAGACCUUUUGGCCAGUCAGCUGUACUACAGAUCGGACUGGGGCGGACGUUACAGGCCAUUGUUGUUCUCCGAGGGCUGCUGAUCGACCGGGUAGUGGUGAAAGGGUUCCAGGAAAAUAUCACUCAAGAGGACGGCAAGCUGGAUAUUUGGUCGAAGAGCCAGUUCAAGGUGUUUGAAAAGAUCUCGGAUCAUGCCACAGCUGCAACCUUACACUACCAACACCCCAUCCAUCCUGACUUAGCACUACAGACUUUUCUGACAUGGUUAAACAGCUACACCACACUGUUCACAGCCACCUGUCACAGGUGCGGGAGGCACCUGCAAGAUGGACUUCCCCCCACCUGGAGAGAUUUCAGAACCACAGACCCUUACCACGAGAACUGUAGACAGUAGAUAUCAAUAUACAAAGUCCAAGGUCAAGUAAAUAUAAGAUUUGACGUUUCCAUAUCAAUGUGUACCUUCGCAGAAGAACAUACUGUUAACUCUUCUUCUCUAACCACAAAAGGUCAGUGACCUGGACCAGACGUCUGUCACCAUGGCAACUGGUGCGGUAACGGACACCCUGUGGUGUUAUGUUAGUUACUCAUGUAGCAAGUUGCAGGACAGUUGGAUGGGCUGGUCACCAUAUAUCUGAAUAUGGAUACACGUCACCACUUGUACAGAACUAGAAAAACAUUUGAAAACGUAACAGAUGCCUAGCAGUUGAGAUCAGUUGUGGAGACCAGAUGAAAUUAAUGAAUAGACAUUUUUCGUUUAGCAUACUGUAACUCGUCGUUUACCGCCCAACAGAUCGCUUGGUCACGAAAUAUCUAAAUACGAUUGGUUAAUUUUGUACUAGUAGUUUUUAAGAGAGAGAGAGUUUUGGGUGGUUUGCAUGAUUUUGCAGUUGACUAAUAUAUAGAAUGGAUUUGAGA